AUGGAGUCCGAUACCGAGCGAGACGUCCCCAACCUCUCCCCCGCCCCUAACCCUAGCGGCCACCACCAGCAACCGCUUCGGCUAGUCAAGUCCACGGCGUUCAAGCGGGAGGAGCGCCGCAAGCGCAAGGACCGCAAGCGGCAGGAGCGCCUCGCUGACGAGCUCGCGCGGUGGCAACCUCUCGGCGCCCCGCCGCCCCUCCCGGCCGCCACCGGAUCCAUGUCCCCCUCCAGAGCGCAGCCCGAUACGCCUUGGCCGUGUGACCCGCCGCCGCCCCCGGACCCGGCGGAAGCCGACUCCUGGAGCUGGGGCCCGCCCGCCAUACCCUCGCCGACGCCGCCACAGCCCACAGUCGAAGUGGCGGCCGCGGUCCCCUUGCACCCUCAGGCCGUCGCCGUAAGGUCCUGCCGCGCGUUCUUCGCAUCGCAGAUCGAAGAUGACGACGAGGAGGAGAACGGGGGCAAUGCGGCUCGAUUCUUCAGCGAGCUGCUGGGCAGUGAUACGGCGCUGAGGGGUUUCUACGAGGCGGAGCGGGACAAGGGGCAGUUCCUUUGCCUGGUGUGCGAGGGGAGCGGUGCCAGGGUGGGCAAGAGGUUUGCCGGAUGCGCCGCGCUCGUGCAGCACGCCGGGUCGAUCGCCCGGACCAAGAGGAGGCUGGCGCACCGCGCGUUCGCCGACGCCGUCGGACUGCUGCUCGGAUGGGGCGCAGGCCGGAUCGCUCCUCCGCCGGCAGACUCUGACAGCGAUGGCGCUUCUGAUCAAGUUGAUCACGUAGAAAUGGAGCUGUCUUGA